UGGUGGAAAAAGUAUUCAGAUCUUUCCACGGUUCUUGUGGUGGUCUGAGGUCCUUGACAGAUUCUCAAGGCGUCAUGGCUCCAAAAGACAUCAUGACGAAUUCCCACGCCAAAUCCAUUCUCAACGCCAUGAACUCGCUUCGCAAGAGUAACACGCUCUGCGACAUCACUCUGAGGGUGGACAACACAGACUUCCCAGCUCACCGGAUUGUCUUGGCAGCCUGCAGUGACUAUUUCUGUGCCAUGUUCACCAGUGAGCUGGCAGAAAAGGGGAAAUCUUUCGUCGACAUUCAAGGCUUAACUGCAGCAACAAUGGAGAUCUUGUUGGACUUUGUCUACACAGAGACUGUGCUCGUCACCGUGGAAAACGUACAGGAACUGCUCCCCGCUGCGUGCUUGCUGCAGCUCAAAGGGGUGAAGCGAGCGUGCUGUGACUUCCUGGAGAGCCAGCUCGAUCCCUCCAACUGCCUUGGCAUUCGUGACUUUGCCGAAACUCAUAACUGCCUGGACCUGAUGCAGGCCGCCGAGCUCUUUUCCCAGAAACAUUUCUCUGAGGUGGUUCAACACGAAGAGUUCAUGCUGCUGAGCCAAACUGAAGUUGAAAAGCUUAUAAAAUGUGAUGAAAUUCAGGUGGACUCUGAGGAGCCUGUGUUUGAGGCUGUAUUAAACUGGGUUAAACACAACCGAAAAGAGCGGGAGCCCUAUCUGCCAGACAUGCUCGAGUUUGUUCGAAUGCCACUCCUUACCCCCCGCUACAUUACAGAUGUCAUCGACGCUGAGCCUCUCAUUCGGUGUAGCCUGCCUUGUCGAGACCUAGUUGAUGAAGCCAAAAAAUUCCACUUAAGACCAGAGCUGCGGAGUGAAAUGCAGGGCCCUCGCACACAAGCCAGAUUAGGUGCCAAAGAAGUCCUGCUGGUUAUUGGCGGGUUUGGUAGCCAGCAGUCACCGAUCGACAUAGUUGAGAAAUAUGAUCCCAAAACUCAGGAAUGGAGCUUUCUACCUAAUAUCGCACGGAAAAGACGCUACGUGGCCACGGUGUCUCUGCACGAUCGGGUUUACGUGAUCGGAGGCUACGACGGCCGAUCGAGGCUCAGCUCCGUGGAGUGCCUAGACUACACAGCAGAUGAAGACGGUGUUUGGUACACCGUGGCCACUAUGAAUGUACGGCGUGGACUCGCUGGAGCCACGACACUCGGAGACAUGAUCUAUGUUGCCGGCGGAUUCGAUGGCAGCAGGCGUCACACAAGCAUGGAGCGUUAUGAUCCCAACAUCGACCAGUGGAGCAUGCUGGGAGAUAUGCAGACAGCAAGAGAGGGAGCUGGUCUGGUGGUGGCAAGUGGGCUGAUAUACUGUCUAGGUGGGUAUGACGGCCUAAAUAUCUUGAAUUCAGUAGAGCGGUAUGACCCCCACACAGGACACUGGACCAGUGUGACGCCCAUGGCUACAAAGCGUUCAGGGGCUGGUGUGGCUUUACUCAAUGACCACAUUUAUGUUGUGGGAGGGUUUGAUGGCGUUUCACACCUGGACUCGGUGGAAGUGUACAACAUCAGAACAGACUACUGGACCACUGUAGCUAGUAUGACAACCCCUCGGUGUUAUGUAGGAGCAACUGUACUUCGAGGACGACUCUACGCCAUCGCAGGGUACGAYGGGAACUCUCUCCUCAGCAGCAUUGAAUGUUACGACCCGGUCAUCGACUCCUGGGAGGUCGUCACGUCGAUGGCGACCCAGAGGUGCGACGCAGGCGUGUGCGUCCUGCGAGAAAAGUGAUGCUCUGCUGGAGCGAACAGCAGGAGGACAGGCAGCUAGACCUUUGCUAAAACGAUGCUGAAACAAAACCACAAAGGAAGAUGUUUGUGUGCCAGUAUGCAAAUAGAUACUUUAAAAAAAAAUGCGCCAGUUUGGGCUUCACCCUUCAUCAGUCGGACUGCGCUACAGAGAUUCAGCCUCGCCACGGUAAACUGCACUUCACUUCCAAGGAGCCCAUCACCACCUGCAUGACUCUUCGGCGGUGUCUGUUGUUACCUGUGAGAUUAUUUUUUCAGUUUGUCUUCAAAGUGCAAUAUAUUUUUACUCAUCAGAAGAAAACACGGAGCAGAUUUAGACUCCAGUUGCUGCUACCUUGCCUUAUGACUUUGGCCUACAUCAAACAGUGAACAUUCAUGUUGCCUCCCAUUUGAAUGAUGGUUACACUACAUGUGCUUAGUCCAGAGUCACCUGAUCUGCAGACGCAUAAGCAGGUCAGCGACUCAGCUCCUUUUUCUAAGUCAUUCUGUAAAUGGUAUUUUUAGACUGAAAUCACUUUCACAUGAAAGAUUUAAUACUAAUUCUUUAACUUUCAAGAACAUAAUUGUUUAAAAAAAAACAACUGAAAUCUACAACUUGAAUGUUUUUGUUUUUCAUUUGGGUGAAAUUGAGAAAUCAUUAAAAAUCCAAUGCAUGUGAUUUAUUUUUUCUCUCCCCUCAGCAUUUAGAUCUGGACGUGUAGGAUAAAAGUCACUAUAGGAUAACAUCACUGUUGUCUGAGAGGUCAAUAAAAAGCUCUGAGAAAUGA